CAACCUUGUCCAUUGAAGUAAUCCGUGACAUGUCCAGAGUCUGGUAGUGGUACACUUUGACAUCAAAUAAUCACAAACACAAUCAUCAUCGUAAUACAUUCUAUCUUUCUGGAAGCAAAUCCGGUAGACAUCAAUCAAGUAACAAUAUUAGCAAUCAGAAGAGGCUAAAGAAUUUUAUCCACAAUAUCAAAAUGAAAUUCUCUUUCACAGCGCUAUCGCUUUCACAACUACUAGCCUUCGCAUGCCCAGCGUCUGCUAUGUUUCAGAUCGACAAUUCUCCUAAUCUUUCCGGAAACGGACGAGGUUUGCGAAAACUCCUUUCAAAAGCCAGAAGGCUUGAAGAUAAUGACGAGGGCAACAAUGACGAUGGCGGCAACAACGGCGGCGAACAGAAUCAGGAAGAAAUGGAAGCCUUUCUUAUGGAUUUUUCAAUGAAAUUCAUGGAAUGCAUCCCCGACCAAGUUCUUACAGACGCUGACUACAACGAUCACUUUGGAGUUGUAAUUUUCCGACUCUGCCCCGCAAAUUCAUGUUCCGAUAACAGCGGUUGCAAAUCGGGGUAUGCCGAUUUCGCUGUUGAUGUAGGCACUUACGUUGACGCCUUCUUGACAGAUCAAGCAGACAAUAUGAAUUGGGAUGACAAAUUUGACGGUGACGAAAUGGGUGAGUGCACCCAAUUCAAGGCAGAAGGCGGAAACGACGACGGUGUUUCAUAUUACGUGGGACCCGGCUGUACAUCGGACGGCAAGGGUGUCAAGUUGGGCCUUUUCGAAGACCAAUAUUGUUACCAAGAAUCCGAAACGAGUUUCGAGACCAUUUCCAAUGGAUGGGGACUCCCUUACAGCAACGGAGGUCUGGUUUCGACGCAAUGCACGAGCUGUACCGAAGAUGGUGGCUUAAGAGAAAUGUGCUCGGAUCUUUACGAAAACUCUCCUCAUCGAUGCGAAAAAGAAUUCGACUUCAAACACUACUACUAUGAUACGAAUUUCGAGAUGUACCGGUACGGCCAAGACACCACUGGUUGCACAAAAAUUGAUGUCAUGCUGAAUCCCAAGGGUGUAUUUUCUCAGGGAGCCGUUUGGACGGAUGCAAUUCUUGCCGUGAUGUUGCUAGUAGUAACUGGUGCGGGAUAUGCAUGGUACUCGUCCUGGUGGGAAGAACGUAAGUAGUUUCCAGAAUAGUACUGGUUCUUUUCGCAAUCGAAUACAAUCAGUCAUCGAGUGAAUAUUUCUACCUUGAAGGUUUCGACAUUUCUUAUCAUUUUUGGAUCCUCUUUCAUUUACUCUGUUGCGAACCACAGAAAAACUAAACCUCGAAGAAAUCGAUGACGAUGAGGACAGCCAAGCUUAUCAUCUCGGAGGAGAUGAGGACGAGGAUGACCAUUCGGAAUUUUCCCAACACGGUGCAGAGCUGAACGAUUCAACUCUUACCGAGCCCGUUGUAGCAGAAGGGACUAUGGCGUAAAGAAAGCUCGUUCACAAAUUUUCUCGCCUUUUUAUUGCUUCGCCCCACCGGUYCGAAGCAAUGAUAAAGAAGGCUGUAUUUUUCUUACUCCUAUAAAGGAACGCAAGACCCGAAGAUUGAACUCGCUUCUUCUCUCUCUUUGUGCUUUUGAUAAUCCGUCUCUCAAAUUUAUCCUUAAUGCUAAAUAGGCAAAAUGUAAAUUACUUACCCCAU